AUGACAAAACGUACCCAUGAUGCUUUGUUGGAUGAGCCAUUGAUUGAGAAUGUCCAGGAUGAGGAAGGAAAUGCGUUACAUCUGACAUCAUCCGAAAUAAAUAAUCCAAACACUUCCGUGAGGGAAGCCAAUAAGGAUGAUACAACUUCAACCAAUAAUCAUCAUCAUGAAGAAGAGGAUCCAAAACGACUCAAACCAUCGAAAGGAAGUCUCAUUGAUGAAAGAAGCUACCAGUGUCCCUAUCUUGACUCGAUUAAUCGGAAAGUUCUUGAUUUUGAUUUUGAGAAGGAAUGUUGUGAGACUUUAUCAAACACUAAUGUGUAUUGUUGUUUAGUAGAUGGAAAAUUCUUCAAAGGAAAAGGAGAGACCACUCCGGCAUUUAUACAUGCUCUCAAUGAGGGGCAUCACAUCUUCAUGAGCUUGUCAAACGGAAAGAUUUAUUGUUUGCCUGAUAAUUAUGAAGUGAUUGACCAUACGUUGGAUGAUAUUCGAUUCAAUCUCAAUCCAACCUAUUCCGAAAAGGAAGUACAAGAAAUCGACAAUCAAACGAGAGUAUGUGUUGCGUUGAGUAAUGGAGCAAAAUUUAUUCCAGGCAUUGUAGGUCUCAACUCCAUUAAGCAAUCGACCGAUGGUAUCAAUGUGGCCAUUCAGGCACUUUCCCGUGUGAAAAGCGUUCGUAACUUUUUCCUGCUACAUCAAAUUAAUUUGACCAAAGUGAAAUCUAGGGCCGUUUUAUUAUUGAGAGAACUAUUGAGGAAAAUGUGGAAUCCCAAAAGUUUUAAAAGCCAUGUAAAUCCUCACGAAUUUGUACAGACCAUUCUUCAAAAUAACAAGCAAUUCAAAUUAGGAGAAAGUAUAGAUCCUGUCCAAUUUUUCACAUGGCUGCUAAACUUUCUUCAUACUGAACUGACAAACAAUCAACCCAAACAAGAAAGUAUUAUUUCUAAAACAUUUAGAGGGAAAAUUAUUGUCACUUCAACCAUUAUACGGAGAAAGAAAGCCUCGGCAACUGAUUCUUCGUCUAAUCCUCAACAUAACGAGGAUGACAUUACUUCCCAAUCCAAAACACCUUUCAUGUAUUUGACUCUAGAUGUUCCAUCCACACCACUAUUUAAGGACGAAUAUGCACGAAAUAUUCUACCUCAAGUCUCACUGUUUAGUUUACUUUCUAAAUUUAAUGGAAUGAAAGAAACAGCCAUACCUCUUAAGAAUGGAGAUGUAGAAAUGAGGAGAUACAAGAUUGAAAAAUUGCCACCUUAUCUUGUUUUUCAUGUAAAGAGGUUCUCAAAGAACUAUUUCUUUGAAGAGAAAAACAAUACUGUUGUCAACUUUCCUCUCAAAAAUCUAGAUAUAAGUGAAAUUUAUCCAUCUGGUGCGGGUUCAACCUACAACUUGGUUGCAAAUAUAUGUCACGAGGGAAAUAUUGGGGAAGGCACACCUUACAAGAUUCACAUUCACCAUACAGCAGAGGACAAAUGGUAUGAAAUUCAAGACUUAGACGUCAAGGAAGUUUUACCAGAAGAAGUAUCGAUUUCUCAGAGUUUCCUCCUUAUUUAUGCCAAACAAUAA